AUGGAAGAUACCAAAUGCUGGUUUUAUAAAUCCCAUGACCAAGUCCGCAUUGUUAUCACGAUCAAAAUCUUGAGGCAUAGCGUGGAAAUGAACAAAUGGCAGCUAUUGCCUCCAGGGGCACCGAAUCCCGCCCCACGCCAAUACGUUGCGAACCUGCAAACCCAACCCAGCCUUAUGCCCCCUCUUGCCCAGCAGCCAGCAGCCAGCCAGCAGAUCUUCUUACUGCAGCAAGUUAUCGUCACUCGAAAUGGUGUUCAAGGUACGCCACUAAUCAUCCUAUUUUCCGCCCUUAUGGAUCGACAGCCCCGGCAGAAUGAAAAAGACAUUGCUUUCACCGCUGCGGAUAUCCUUUGGUUGACUCGUGUUGUGGCACUUUGA